UUAUUGCACAUUUAUCUCCCCUUAACGACCCCCUGUGAGUAUUUUUAGACCAUUGUUCCUCUACCAGAGUCUGAGUAGGCCUACUUCUUCUUCCACCACUGCCUAUGAUCUCCAAAAGCUAAUGGCUUUUCUUGACAGACAGCUUGUUUGUCUCCGAGGUUUCCUGCGGUCCGUGAAGGCCUCCUCCUCCUCAUCCCUGUGAGCAGCGUCACAGAGAUGUGUCACUGACGGAUGAAUAACGGCUCGUCUCCUCUACUGUUACCGGGACAGAUAACAAUGUCUGUGAACCUCCGUUAAUCCGGUUAUCCUCCCUCAGUCACUGCUCUCUUUUAACACAUCGUGUAUCUUGGUUUAUAACUGAGGAGGAGAUGAGGAUGCUGCUGCUUCCAGCGGGCCACAUGUCCCUCAUCACGGUGUCUCUGUCUCUGUCUCUGAUGACCGUCGUCCUCUGCUCGUCUCCCGUUGGUGCGAACGAGGACUGUCUGUGGUACGUGGAUAAAAAUGGCACCUGGCACAACGGCUUCGACUGCCCUCUCAUCACGUUCUGCUGUGGGAACUGCCACCGGCGCUACUGUUGCCUGGACGCCUUCAAGAUGAUCACAGAGAGGGAGCAGAAACGCUGCAUGCUCUACCAGUUCAGCCCCACCACUUUAGCCGGCAUCGCUUCCUCCAUCCUCCUGUUUGUGGCGAUCAUCGCGACCAUGGUCUGCUGCUUCAUGUGCUCCUGCUGCUACCUCUACCAGAGAAGGCAGCAGAGGGGCAGGACACCUUACGAUGCCCAGCAGAUCCCCAUGGCCAGCUAUCCAGUGGAGCCAAUGUACGACGCUUACGGAAAACCACUGGGACCCUCUGAGUAUGCACAUUAUCCAAUGGCGCCCGUGUACCCUGGCAUGCCUCCACAUUACCCGAUGAUGCAGCCUGGACAUUAUCCGCCACACCUGAUGGAUCCUGCAUACAGUCAGGCCCCUCCACCUUACUCUCCACCUCAGUAUCCUGGUCAUUGAUGGGCUUGUCUACACACACACACACGCACACACACACACCACACACAACACACACAUACACACAGUGGGAAAACAACAGCGACUGAGAGAAAGGACUGCUUCAAAAGGAGAAGGCAGCAACACUCUCUUUCACACUCAAACACUCAAAUAAACACUACAGUUCGACUAGCAGGAGGCACUUUAAGGUUUUUUUUCUGUUCAUUUACAAUGUUGUCCUACUUUUCUGGAGUAUUUACGUAAGUCAAAUUAUAUUCCGCAACCUGACACCUGGUUGCUCCCGGCUGGUUUCGCAGAGGCCGUCACACCAUGAUCCCCAAAAUGAGGAAGUAUCUGGCUCUGCGCUGCCUCUCUGUGCUCUGAAACACUCUCACCUCAAUGACAGGGUGUCACCUAUAAAGACAGGGCUCAUUACCUUACAGAGGAGGAGUCAGAAAAAAAUUAUAACGCACUUCCUUUUUAUUUAUUAGAGGGAAAAAUGUUUGUUAAAUUUGAUUAAAUUGACAACUGCCUAAGGCUACAUUCCAGGUCACACACUCUCCACACUCUCCGAAUAUGAUUACAUAAUGUCUUUAUUUCUGUAUUUGAUGUUUUUUUUUGUAAUGUGGUAGAGGCUAAAGUGAAAAACAAACCGCAUGUUUGAUUAUAAAGGUGACAAAGGCAGUGGGAUGCUGUCUUUCAGAUGGCCUAAAGUAUUUUAUGGUACUCCUAAUUCUGUGUAAGAAGCCUUUUAGUCACCCGUUAGUUUCAACUUUGUCUCUCUCUUCUUUUUUUGUAUCUGACUCGACUAAUUUACUUCAUGGUAGUAUAUUAGCUGCACCGUUCUAAUGUAACAUCUCAGCAUGCUACCCCAGUCAAAGUUAUCUGUCCUCUCACUCUUCUUUUUUUCUGGUUUUAAAUGAAUUAGAAAUUAGAUUAAUACCAUAAUGCCAGGUAGGAUGUUUUUUCCAGUGAAAGUCAUGUUAAAUGUUUAUAUUCUUGUAACAUAUCAGGUCAGGGGAGUUGCAGGUCAUGCUGCUCGGUUUCAAACAAAAUGUCCCGCCUUACAAUAAUUAACUAUGAAGGAGGAGAAAAAAAAAGAGAUUAACUAUUUAAAUACAUAUUUUGUAAAUCUGUUCUUCAGCUGAAUAUUUUAUGAUAUUGUAACAAGUUAUUUUAAACAUAAUGUAUUGUUAUUGUAACACAAGAUAUGACGUUUUGGCAUCUUUCCAUUUGGUAUUUAUUAUUACUAUUAUUGAGGUUACCUUUUACUGUGAAUGGGUUCUCACCUUGUGGACUAGCUACAACGCCAAAAAUCACUACUGUUGGAAAAGUAGAUUUUGCGCUCUAAAGUCGUACUUUGCAGUUAUGGGAAAUAUAUUUGCUUUGUUGCUGAGCGUUACUGAGAAGUAUGAGGGGUGGAAGUAACAACAAAUAAUUGAUAAAAAUGGAGGUGAUGAAAAUGCAUGUGAAUUUAAAAAUGGAGCCGUAAAAAUGAAUGUGAAAUGCAAAAUGGAGUGAUAAUGCUCAUGGAUGUUUAAAGAAUACGGGUUUUUGAUGGGGCGGAAGUAACAAAAAUUGUUUGCUGUAAAUGAGAAAAUGUCAGUUGGGUGUUAUCAGAGCAGCACUGUUUCAAUCAAGUUUAUCAAAUCAAUUGGCAAUUUAUCACUCUAUUUUUCAAUACAUUUUCAUCACUUCCAUUGUCAAUUCAAACGCAUUUUCAUCACUACUUCCCUUUUCUUAAACUAUUUUUGUUACUUCCACCCUUGAGGCCACUUUCCUUAAAUGAUAAAUCAAAAUUUAGUGUUGUGAAUGAUGAAUGUAAGAUGGUGAAAAUGGUGAAACAAGGCUUAGUUUUCAUCGUAUCACGACUGUUUUAGUCAAAUCAGAUUUAAAUGAAUCAAAUCACUUGAUAAUGUAUCACUCCAUUUUUCAAUUCACAUGCAUUUUCAUCACCUCCAUUUUUAUCAAUUCAUUUCUGUGACUUCUACCCCUCACAGAGAAGAUCAAUACCAAUUCUAGCUGUUUGAGUGGUAUUAAUCUUCUCAUCUGGUGUUGUUCAACAAGAAAGCAGAUAUUUCCCAAAAAUGUCAAACUAUUCCUUUAAAUGUACACGUACAGAUUUGGGCUCCAGUGAGGUCAGGGCCUGUAACCUGUAAUGAUUCUGUAAUUGGAUCUAAUUUUGGAUCAGCCCUGUGCCCUUUUGUAAAAUGUAUGAACUGUAAAACAUGACCAGCAUGUGUUGCACAGUUAGCUGUCUAACUAUUAAUAGGUGAUGAUUAUCUUUAUUCGGGUGUAAUGUAUCUGGACGUUAAAAACACCGUUAUCAUGCUGAUUGAUCAGACAAGUCUGAGCUUUUCCUCGAGACUUACCGCUGUAUCUUGAACUAUUACUGCUAGUUUACAGCGUAAAUUGUUUCCUCCGAUGGCGACGUCCAUUUGUACAGAUUUGUUGAGCCUUUGUAAAGCACAAAGAGAACACUGGACUUUUCUUUGUAGGAUGCUUUCAUAUGUAGUUUGACAUAACAUUUGCUCAAUGAUGUUUCUGUUAAUUUGUGCUUCUAAACCAACUCCAUGAGUGUGUUUACUGGAACUGACGGCAAAAUAAGCUUGUCUAGAUAUACGGCGUUUCAUCUGUCGUCAUAUGGAUGGUAUGACAUUGUAAUAUAAAGUGAGUGAAAAAGGGUUUUAUUUCUAUUAACAUAAAGUUUUAACUUUGGAAUGUAAAAAUA